AUGCGCGAGGUGACCGAUGAAGCCCUUCAACGCCUUUACCGGGCAUGUCGAAGCAAAUCUGGCUUUCCUGGGGAUAUUCCCGCUGAAUCCCAAGGCCCACCCUCGACAACUGAAAUCUUUGAUGCAGUGGGCUUGAUGCGGCCAUUGCUCGCAGACAUGGGAUCAAUCGAGGACUUCCAGAAGUCUGUUUCCACUUCGCCACCAAACUCUACGACUUAUUCCGAUUCUACCCAAAACUCAACAUCUGGGAACGACCCCUCCGAUGAAGGAGCCUUUUGCUCAAGACGAACACUUGCCAUCGCCUACUCGUUCCUCCCCUAA